AUGAGCACCGGCGGAGAUGGCGGAUCGACGGUAACGAACAAGCAGGUCAUUUUGAAGGACUACGUGAGUGGUUUCCCUAAGGAAUCCGAUUUCAAUUUCACUACCACCACCGUCGAGCUUAGGGCUCCGGAUGGUUCUAACUCACUUCUGGUGAAGAAUCUCUAUUUGUCAUGCGAUCCUUACAUGCGAAGUCGCAUGGGGAAACCUGAUCCCUCCGGUGCUGCUAUUGUUCAAGGUUAUGCUCCCGGCAAGCCAAUCUUUGGAUUUGGAGUGUCUAGAGUGAUAGAAUCUGGGCAUCCAGAUUACAAAAAAGGCGACUUACUUUGGGGAAUAGUUGGAUGGGAGGAGUACAGUGUUGUCACUCCAAUUCCUGACAUGCAUUUCAAGAUCCACCACACUGAUGUUCCAUUAUCAUACUACACUGGAAUUCUCGGUAUGCCUGGCAUGACUGCCUAUGCUGGGUUUUAUGAAGUUUGUUCUCCAAAGAAAGGAGAGACUGUUUAUGUGUCCGCUGCAUCUGGUGCAGUUGGUCAGCUUGUGGGACAGUUUGCAAAAAUGAUGGGUUGUUAUGUUGUUGGAAGCGCCGGAAGUAAAGAAAAGGUUGAUCUCCUCAAGACCAAGUUCGGGUUUGAUGAUGCAUUUAACUACAAGGAAGAACAAGACCUUAAUGCUGCCCUGAAAAGGUGUUUUCCCAAAGGCAUAGACAUAUACUUUGAGAACGUAGGAGGCAAAAUGCUAGACGCAGUCCUCUUAAACAUGAACACGCACGGGCGUAUCGCAGUCUGUGGAAUGAUCUCACAAUACAAUCUUGAGGACAAAGAAGGUGUACACAAUCUAUCCUCCAUAAUCUACAAACGAAUCCGCAUUCAAGGCUUUGCAGUCUUUGAUUUCUACGACAAAUACUCAAAGUUCUUGGAGUUUGUGGUUCCUUGCAUAAAAGAAGGGAAGAUAAAGUACGUGGAAGAUGUUGCUGAGGGACUCGAGAAAGGUCCUGAAGCUCUUGUUGGACUCUUCCAUGGUAAGAAUGUCGGGAAACAAGUUGUUGUGGUUGCUCGUGAGUGA